CUAACUUUGAAAAUUGAUAUUCUAUUCCAUGAUCCAUCCAAUGAAAUUAUCCACCCACUACCAGCUCCCAGUAAGCUCUGCCAGGGUCGGAGUUGAUCAGUUGAGGCCUCGAUCGUCAGGUCCCAUAAUUGGUAACGUCAUAACGAACCUCAAUCGUUCCUUUCAGAGUCUCAGCUCCAACUCAGACACCACUCUACAUCAACAAUUUCUAUCGCCGUUGAAACCCAGCCACAUAUUUCGAUUGUGUGAACUCUCCGCGACCAUGCCAGCUGAAUCCCCCGAAUCGCUGGUCCGCUCCUGGGGCUUCGGACACGUCUUCACCUGGAGCGAUCGUCCCGACGCGCACUAUCCGCCGCACUCGCACUCCAUGCUGACGACGCAUUUGAUCCUCUAUGGAUCGUUGACCAUCACGUACCCCGACGACGAGGCGCCGACGAAGGAGACGUUUGGAGAGGGGGCGCGGGUGGACGUGGCGGCGGGGCGGAAGCAUGAGGUAUGGACAGGGGGGGAGGGGUGUACAUAUGUGAUCGGGGAGAUGUGAAGGGGUCGCGGAUGAAAAGAUGGGGAGCUGGGUAAGGACAGAAAUAGCUGUCUAGGGACGAGGAAUCCUCCCCAGCCGGGAGAUGCGAU